UAUUAAACACAUGGCCGCCCACAGUGUUUACAACUUCUCGCAAUGAACUCGUGAAUAAAAACAGAAGUCCCGAAGUAGAAGGACGUCGAAUAUUUUUGCGUAUUAUACGUACUGUCCGGCCCAAGGUGAAACUUUGCGACCAUCGAAGAGAGAAGUGUUUAUAGCCAAACUGCGAGCAGAACCAAAGGCCAGGCAAGCCACAACACAGGCUAGUGGGUGCUGUGAUGUCCUCGACCCCCAGCAGACUCAAACACCCACACUGCAGGAAGAAGCACUAUCCUAGUAGCACUUACCUCACCCACGUUUGACAGCCAACCACUGGACACAAGGCGCCAGGUACAGGACUUGACAGAAGAGAUUGGAAAAACAAAACAAAAAGAUGUCUGAAUCAGCUGGAAAUGGUGAAAGUAGCGGCGGUGUGGCAGGUGCAGGGCAGGAUGCAGAAGCGGAUAAUGAGCCCCCUCAUCAGGAACCACCUUUGCUUGAGGGUGGAGGCUUAGAGGUUGAGGAUAACUCAGAGGACGGGGUACCUUCAUGUGCUAAGCGACCCAGAAUGAGCGAGGACGAACAGGGAGUGGAGCUGGUUGCAAAGCCUGACAAGAUGCAUGAUGAAACACCAGCAGCGGCUGACUUGCUGCAGGAAGAGCCAGCCCAACCAGCACAAAGAACAGUGGAACCACUACAAUGUGAAGAUGAUGGUCGAGCAGGGGAGGAGGUUCCCGCCAGUGGGGGAGGUGAAGAAGAAUGUCAUCAGAAUGGAAAUGGAGAGCAUGAUCCGCCCUUAGGAGAAGGAGAGGCAGAAGUGGAGGAGGAGCACAACGGGAACAGGUCUGCAGACAGUCCUAGUGAAGGACAGCGCCUUGGCUUAGAUUUUACCCAGAACCCCCAGAUGCUGACUGGUUCCUGGACUGAGUACUCAAACUUUCCAGAGAAUUACCUCAAAGGCUGCAAAUGGGCUCCUGAUGGUUCCUGUAUCCUGACCAACAGUGCAGACAAUGUGCUCCGUGUGUACAACAUCCCUCCAGAGAUUUACAGCUACAACUGGGACUUGCUUCCUGAGAUGAGUCCAGUGCUGAGGAUGGCAGAGGGAGACACCAUCUACGACUACUGCUGGUACCCCAAGAUGAACUCUCUGGACGCGGACACAUGCUUCUUAGCCAGCAGUAGCCGUGACAACCCAGUCCACGUGUGGGAUGCAUUUUACGGGGAGGUACGGGCCAGCUUCCGACCUUACAACCACCUGGAUGAGCUGACGGCAGCCCACUCCCUCUGCUUCUCGCCCGACGGAACACAGCUCUACUGCGGCUUCGACAAAACAGUCAGGGUCUUCUACACGGAGCGUCCUGGGAGAGACUGUGAGGAGCGGCCCACCGUAGUGAAGAAGCAGGGCCAGAGUGGCAUCAUCUCCUGCUUUGGCUUCAGCCCCUGCCAGUCUGUUUACGCCUGUGGCUCUUACUCCCGCUGCGCUGGCCUCUACUCCUGCCAAGACGGCACCCUGCUGGCUCUGCUGCCGACCCGCCACCACGGAGGCCUCACCCAUCUGCUCUUCUCCCCUGACGGCAACUACCUGUACACCGGUGGGCGCAAGGAUCCAGAAAUCCUGUGCUGGGACCUGAGAGAGCCGGGCAAAGUUGUGUUUUCCCUGAAGAGAAACGUGGCCACUAACCAACGCAUCUACUUUGACCUGGACCAGUCAGGGAAGUACCUGCUAAGCGGUGACACAGAGGGAAUUGUUUCAGUUUGGGACACCCAGACAGCUCCUCCUGAUGGUAACGAGGAGCUACUGCAGCCACAGCUCAGGUUCCAGGCCCAUUGGGACUGCACCAACGGCAUCAGCAUGCACCCCUUCAUGCCACUGUUGGCAACAUCCAGCGGGCAACGGCAGUUCCCGUGGCCCAGCGAGAGCGAGGGUGACUCGGCCUCUGAGGGCGAGGGAGGCGAAUCCGUGAUGUCCCCUCAGGAGACCCGACAAGACAACGCCAUGACUCUGUGGUGGGCCGGACCGCUCGCCCCCCCCGCCGAGGGGAACCAAGAGCAGAGCACAGAGGUGGUGGAGGCCUGAAGACAGCUGACACAAAUUUAGUUCCAACUGCCAUGUGAUAUUUAUUUUGGGAAUGCUUGGUAUGGAUAAUUAUGAGUCAGUCUUUUCUGUAGCAUAAAGGCCUGAGGUGGGAAAGCAUUUCUUGAUUAUUUUUUUUAUGUUUUACCAUAUUUACCGUCUAAAUAAGUUUCUGAAAUUGGUUCUUAAUACGUCACCUGCAGGUUAACAACAUUUACUGGAGGAGUACUUUAUUUGCAGAGUUAAAAUGAAAAGGAUUGCAAAAUAGAGUUUAAGUCAUUUUCAGGGUUUCUGUGUUUGACUUAAUUGUUGUAAUGCCAAUUUGAUGAUUAAGAAUUGGAACAAUGCCGAGAACGUGGCCAAAAACAAGAUGUGGGUUGCAUCAGGACUGGAUUGUGAACUGAUUUUUCUGGAUUUUUUUUGUUUAAUUAGUGAGAGAACAGUUUUCUUUUUUUUUUAAAGAGGAAAAAUUAAAUAUGGUCAUUCUUUAUUGCAACUUUUUUUAUGGUGAAUGUGCUACCUGAAUUGGUUAAAUUUGGUGGAAUUGAAGGCCUUUACUGGCGUGAAGCAGCCCGUUGUCUGUCUACUGAUCGCUCCUUUGAUCUGAGUCGUGUAUCUGUGGGAGUGUUUGUUUACGUGUGUGUGUGUGGCUGUAAUGCUGCCCCGAAGAUUCCUAACUGCUAUAGUUACAGUAAGUGCCAUUUGUUCUUGAGCUUUGCUUUUUGUAAAACUGAUGGGAUCUCCUGUUUUUACCUUCUUUUUUAAACUAUUGGACGCACCAAGUUUAGUGUCGCUCUGUGCAUGCCCUCGAAAAAAUGUAUAUUUUUGUAAAGCCAUGAUGAUCGUUCUAAUUUUUUGAAUGUAUACUCUGUAAGCAGCUAGCUUGAGUACUCUAACCUCAUAACAAUCUGUGAAAGUCUUUAGGAUGUGGGUGCACCUGGAUAAUGAGUGAUUUCUAUUAUUUUUCCUACGGAUUGGACUUGGAUUACAUUUGUAUCCGUGUGAGUGGUAAUGUGGCAGCACAAACACAUUGUGUUUUCAUAAAUGCAUUAAUAAUGUACUGCGGUGAUAUGCUUAUGUUGCAAUCAGUGAGGUGUGCUUUGCUUUAGGGCGUCUUUGCAGGUUCCAACCAAAGCCUUUUAUCUUUAGACACAGAGGAAUCUAUUCAUUUUCACUUAUUGAAACUCAAAUUUGUUGCCAACCAUAGUAGCUACAGCUGUGUAGCUACUAUUACACAAUACUACACAGAUUUGCUGUACCAGGAAGCUUUGGGAACCAUGUAGGUCUUGAUGAUGUGACAACAGUCUCUAGAUAGGCCGCUGUGUCUGUGGAAGGUGGCUUUGCGGUGGUUUUAUUCAAGCUGCAGUGAAAUAAAAGCAUAUCUCUUCACA